CGCUGACAGCAGUCCAACUGUUGCGCAGCGGACAGAGCGUGAAUAUUACUCAAUAUUACUUAAUUCCUGGAGGUUUCCUGAUGUUAGAGAAAAAAUGAUGUCCAAUACGACGAGUUUAAGUGAAUGUUUACGCGAAUGGGAGGAAUUAGAGAAGAACUACCAGCAAAUUCAUGACACCCAUCGUCUGUAUAAACAGAAACUUGAGGAAGUGGCAAAACUGCAAGGCAGCUGCUCCGGUGCUAUAGCACGUCAGAGGAAGAGGCUGAAAGAGCUCACUGGGUCACUUGAAGAAUGCAAAGAAAAUCAUCCAGUGCCCAAAUUAGGUCCAGAGGAAGUGGAUGCCAUCGCUGAAAUCAAGGACUGCAUGAAAGACAGAGCAAAUGCUUUCUCUGAAAUGGAAGCUUUUCUGCCAAAGAAGAACGGGUUAUACCUCACUCUUGUUUUAGGAAACGUCAACGUAACACUCCUCAACAAACAGGCAAAAUUUGCCUACAAAGAUGAAUACGAGAAAUUUAAACUGGUCCUCACGGUCAUCCUCUUUGUAUUCUCCUUCACGUGCCGCUUUUUGUUCAGCUACAGAGUCCUAGAUGCGCUGUUCAACUUCCUGUUGGUGUGGUACUACUGCACACUCACAAUCCGGGAGAGCAUUCUCAUCAGCAAUGGCUCAAGGAUCAAAGGUUGGUGGGUUUUCCAUCACUACGUGUCAACCUUCCUGUCUGGAGUCAUGCUCACUUGGCCUGAAGGCGCGCUGUACCAGAUGUUUAGGAACCAGUUUCUAUCAUACUCUAUGUACCAAAUAGGCUUUGUCCAGUUUCUCCAGUACUACUACCAGAGAGGCUGUUUGUACAGACUUAGAGCGCUGGGAGAAAGACAUAACAUGGACCUUACUGUCGAGGGUUUCCAGUCCUGGAUGUGGAGAGGCUUGACCUUCCUCCUUCCUUUCUUGUUCUUUUGUCACUUCUGGCAGCUCUACAACAGCAUAAUACUCUUCAGGAUGUUUCAGCUCCCAGAGUGUAAAGAGUGGCAGGUUGGGAUGUGCUGCUGCUCUUACAUGGUGCUCUUCAUGGGAAAUGUCUUCACCACACUGGGAGUGGUUUAUCAGAAAUACAAGAACAACCAGGACAAGCCCAAGAGCUUGUAGAACUGGAAUAAUGAAAAGGGCAGAAUCACCAAAAAUCCUCCUGUUUAUGAAACAGAAAACGUUCAAAGUUACCGUAGCUCUAAUAUUCUCUUUAGAGCUCUUUAUCGAUGUUAUGAUUGUUGUCCUUGUGGACCAUGUACUCCUACUUUUUGUCCUUUGAUUUUAUAUUUGUGUAAAUGAUGGUCAAACACUUUGUACGGGUAGGUCAUAGACAUUAUCACACUAACCUGUCAGAAAAUAAAAAAACAAUCAGGUACCAGGCAGGUCUUGUUAAGUAACACUGAAAGCUUGUUUCAGUGAGAUUUUAGAUCUUGAAUUGCAUGACUCUGAAAAGGAAAAGUUUCUGAAUAAAGAAUUAACCAUGUUAUUUCCAUCAUAUUUAUUUAGGGAAACCUAAAGUUUACUCAGCAGCUGCUAUGUGCUUAAUAAAACACUCUUCCAAA